AAACGAAAACAGUCUUCUCUUGGCUGUGGCUGCGGUUGUCAUCGGUUUGUCGUUGCGCUCGUGUUCGUCCAUAUCACGCUUGCCAUUAUAAAAACGCAAAGCGAUUGAUUAAAAACCAAAAGCUACGUAAAAAUGUCGACUGGUCGCAUGUCCGAUGAGCAAUUUCAACGAUUACUCGAAACUAUACGGGCGCUGGGGCCACAACACACCGAACAGCAGCAGCAGCAACAAGCCAACAAGGCGAAAAGCAGUUUUGGCAAUUGUAAUGUACGUUUCCAUGGGCAGCGUGACAACGAUGCCGUCGAGGAGUUUGUCAAUGCCAUUGAAACGUACAAGGACAUGGAGGGCAUCAGCGAUCAAGACGCGCUGAAAGGUCUGCCUCUUCUCUUUCAAGGUAUUGCUUCUGCAUGGUGGAAGGGCGUACGGCGCGAUGCGAAGUCGUGGCAAGAUGCUCUACAACUGCUGCGCGACCACUUUUCGCCGACGAAACCACCCUAUCAAAUAUACGUGGAGAUUUUCGAAUCAAAACAGUCCGAUCACACACCCAUUGACACCUUUGUUUGUCAGAAGCGCGCCCUGAUAGCGAAGCUGCCGGAGGGGCGACACGAUGUGGAGACUGAGUUAGAUUUUGUUUAUGGUCUGCUGGAUACAAAAUAUAAACAACAAAUACCGCGACAUGAAGUCAAAACGUAUCGAGAGCUUUUAGAGAAGGGACGCAAUGUGGAGCGACACAACACCGUAGGUAGACGCCACUGAAACGAUGCUAUGGUUACAGCAGUAAAUUGUGAUUUUCAGCUGUUCUUUAUAGCGAAAGUGUACAUUGUGCUCUCCCUUCUCACUAAGUGAAAGAAUUAGCAUAUUACUAGUUUGUAUAAUAACUGUAAGAUAUAUUUUUAAGGAAAACUCAAUAAAUAAUAAAUUAAUUUU